CUUGUUCUCCGUUGUCUCUCCAUAUGCAGCUCUUCUUUACUGCUCUCUUUUUCCCUUCUGCGCACUUUUGUCCCUGGCUUUGCACUGAGGCCCUCUCAAACCCACCUCGACAGUCUUGAGCUUGAAGCUCUCUUUCCCUCGAAAAGUUAUGUCGUAUCCUGCACCCGGUUCUGGAUUAGUCCUCUCUCUUAAAAUAGCUUUAAUUUCGACCUGUGUGUUAUCUGUUGCGGUGAUGUUAAAGUUAUCUGUUCCAGUGGUGACAGAUUUUGCUGUGCAUGAACUUCCUCUCAUGUAUAGCUCUGUUAUCUCUUGGCUUCGGCCUCCAUAUCUUUAUUUGGUCAUUAAUGGCAUAAUCAUCUCAAUCGUCGCUUCCUCCAAACUCCAGCUCCAAAAACCUGAGGAACCCUCAAAACAACAGGAGAUAAUCCCCCCACCAAUGCUGGCGGUGGAGGUACCGAAGGCCUCUGGCGAUAUACCAUCUGACUAUAUUGACGGCGUUGUUGAGUGCGGAUCUGGGUACCAAGAUUUGAUUGUGAUAGACAAGGUUGUGCCGGUGGAUGAUAGUUCGGUGAAUGGUGCACACAAAAGGGAGAAGGGUGAGGUUGUAGAGAAAGAGAUAACGGUGACGCAAGGUAGUGAUAAGGCUUUGGUUUCUUUCAAAUCGGUGCAGCCUGCACAGAGGAGUGAUUCUAUGGAGUUCCUGGUUGAAAAAGAAGAGAAAAAGAAACCACUGGUGUCUGCAAGGUUUGGCUCCAAAUUCAAGAAAUCGCCAGUGAAAGCAAAUCCUGAAGCCGGGAAGGCAGUCCUGUUGGGCGUAUCGAAACCGAAACGAAAUGAUACCUUGGAGAGCACGUGGAAGAUGAUAACAGACAGCCGUCCAAUGCCGUUAACCAGACACCUCAAGAAAUUCGACACGUGGGACAGUCACUUGCGUCUCGAUGGCGCCACCUCACCUCCGCCGCCUCCGGAGAAGAUGAAUAAGUCCGAGACUUUUAGUGAAAACGAGUCAAAGCUAAGUCGUGAGAGCCGUCAGGGAUCGGGGAAACUGAGGAAGGAACCGUCGUUGAGUCAGGACGAGUUGAACCGGCGGGUGGAGGCGUUUAUAAAGAAGUUUAACGAAGAAAUGAGGCGGCAGAGACAGGAGUCUUUGAAUCAAUACCAGGAGAAGAUUAGUAGAGGAGCUUAUUAGGAAUUUUGGUUUGAUUUAUGGGUUGAAACGUAUAAAAGGGAGAAAAAAGGGAUAAUAGAGCACAAGAAUGCUAAGUUGGUUCGUUUGUAAAAAUGAUGGAAAAUCAGAAGGCUCAUGCUAUUUGUUUUUUUCUCAGUGAAUUAGGAGGUGCAAGUAUUAUUUUACAACUCCUCUCAAAAUAAAUAAAUUUUAUAAUUCGACAAA